GUUAUCGAUAGCAUUUGUUAUUGUAUCGGGCGGGUGAAGAAGAAUUUGGGAAGCACAAUAAACAAUUAUGGUUUGCGCUCUGGGAAUUGAGGGCAGCGCCAAUAAAAUUGGCAUUGGCAUCGUCAACGAUGGCAAGGUGCUGGCAAAUGUGAGACGCACAUAUAUAACACCACCCGGUGAAGGUUUUCUGCCCAAGGAAACGGCAAAACAUCAUCGCGAGGUGAUCUUGGCGCUUGUGCAGGCAAGUCUGAAGGAGGCGCAACUGCAGCCCGCCGAUCUGGAUGUCAUCUGCUACACAAAAGGACCUGGCAUGGCGCCGCCUCUGCUGGUUGGCGCGAUUGUGGCCAGAACGUUGUCCCUGCUGUGGCAGAAGCCGCUGCUGGGUGUCAAUCAUUGCAUUGGUCACAUUGAGAUGGGGCGACUGAUAACCGGUGCCCAGAAUCCAAUUGUGCUGUAUGUGAGUGGCGGUAACACUCAAGUUAUUGCCUACUCCAAUAAACGCUAUCGCAUCUUUGGGGAAACCAUCGAUAUUGCUGUGGGCAACUGUCUGGAUCGUUUUGCGCGCAUCAUCAAGCUGUCCAAUGAUCCCAGUCCGGGCUACAACAUCGAGCAGUUGGCUAAGGAGGGCAAACAGUACAUAAAGCUGCCAUAUGUUGUCAAAGGAAUGGAUGUCAGCUUCUCGGGCAUUUUAUCACACAUUGAGGAACUGGCUGAGCCGGAAAAGCGGCGAAAUAAACGCAAGAAGCCACAGGAUGAGCCAGAGCCCGAGUAUAGCCAGGCAGAUCUAUGUUACUCACUGCAGGAGACCAUCUUUGCCAUGCUCGUCGAGAUCACAGAACGUGCCAUGGCCCACUGUGAAUCCAAUGAGGUGCUCAUUGUAGGCGGCGUUGGCUGCAACGAGCGCUUGCAGCAGAUGAUGGGCAUCAUGUGCGAGGAGCGCAACGGCAAACUGUUUGCCAUCGACGAACGUUACUGCAUCGAUAAUGGUCUGAUGAUAGCCCAUGCGGGCGCCGAGAUGUUUAAAACGGGCACCAAAAUGCCAUUCGAGGAUUCAUUUGUGACACAACGAUAUCGCACCGACGAGGUGCUGGUGAACUGGCGAGAAGAUUAGAGACCGCUUACAGUAUGCUCGCUUCUUUAUUAAAGACUACCCUCAACAAUUGAGUUUGUAAAUAA